GUUCCCUCUGUGUGGUUGUCUGUCUGCCUGCUAUUCUGUCUGUUAGUCUGACUGCAGUGAUUAUUUCCCCAUAAACGUCCACUCACAAAGGCCUUGGCCAUGCCUCCCCUCCCUGUCCCCUUCUUCCUGACACUGCUACAGCUUGCAGUACUUACUUACGUGAGUGCUGGGGCAUACUAUGGACACAAGCAACACCCUCAGCCAUACCAGCCGAUGCAGCACAUCCAACACAUGGGCAAAGAAAGUUUUCCCCAACAACCGUACCUUGGCAAAGAGGUGCCCUAUAUGCAGUAUCCCCACUACAGAAAGGAGCUACCCCAGAUGCCCAUGCACAAGGGCAAAGAAAAUGCUCGUAAAGGGGGUGGCUAUAAUGGUGGCCAAGACAAAGGUCAGACUAUCCCUAGUGGUGCUGAGGGAAUUCCUCAAGGAGAGCGAGGCCCAGCUGGGCCACCUGGACCAGAGGGACCUGCAGGACCUCCUGGACCUCCAGGUAAUGGACAGCCUGGACCUGUGGGACGACCCGGACCUCCAGGUCCACCAGGAGGGCCUGGAGUGGGAAACCCAGGUUUACCAGGACUGGCAGGCAAGCCAGGAGGAAAUGGUGAGAAUGGACCACAAGGAGAAAUGGGCCCUAGGGGUGAAGAAGGGCCAGCUGGGCAGCCAGGGACACAGGGUCCCCCAGGACCACCUGGGCUACCAGGAAUAGGUAAACCAGGGGCCCAGGGAUUUCCAGGCCAACCAGGGCCCAAAGGAGAGCCAGGUCAUAAAGGUCUGCCAGGACUACCAGGAUUACUGGGACCCAAAGGAGACAAAGGGAUGGGCCAGCCAGGACAACCUGGUCACAAAGGGCUCCCAGGGCCCUCAGGACCUUCUGGCCCAAGAGGGCUGCCUGGUUUUGGAAAACCUGGGUUGAAUGGGGCACCAGGGCCACAAGGACCACCAGGAGAAAAAGGACAUCCUGGAGAGCUAGGACCAGCUGGGCCACCGGGUGAAGGAGGACAGCCUGGCCCACCAGGUCUACCUGGUCAAGGAAAGCCAGGUCAAAAUGGCCUGCCAGGACAACCAGGCAUGCCAGGUGGGAAAGGUCAUCCAGGACCGCCAGGUUUGCCAGGAAAGCCAGGACUUCCUGGAUUUGGUAAGCCAGGACUCCCAGGACCAAAGGGUGAUAAAGGUAUGGGUGGGUCACCUGGACUUCCAGGACCAAAAGGAGAUAAGGGCCACGGAGGACUACCUGGUAUGCUUGGACCCCCUGGACCAAAUGGUCCAUCAGGUCCUCCAGGCCCUAUGGGAACCCCAGGAGGUUUAGGUGCACCUGGUCCUAAAGGAGACUGUGGAGAAGGAGGACCUAAAGGGCUUGACGGAGCCCAGGGUGACCCUGGUCCCUCUGGGAUACCUGGUAAGGAUGGUCUGCCUGGAGAGAAUGGAGAGCCAGGACCGAGAGGUCCACCAGGACCAAGUGGUGCCAAAGGAGACGGUGGACAUAAAGGUCUACCUGGUAUACCUGGUUCUCCGGGACUUCCUGGGCCAAAAGGACAAGGUGGAUUACCUGGUGAAGUGGGACCUCAAGGUCCUAAAGGAAUCCCUGGAAUGGAUGGCACAGCAGGACCAAUCGGACCUCCUGGUCUUCCGGGGACAAAAGGAGAUAGCGGACUACCUGGUCAACCAGGCAUUGCAGGUGAGGGAAAUCCAGGUCUUCCUGGUCCCAUAGGACCCCCAGGGAAAGAGGGCCCAUCAGGACCCCCUGGUCAACCAGGGCAGCCUGGCCUUCCUGGACCACCAGGUUCACCUGGUCUGUCUGAUGACAUGGCUGGAGUGCUCUCUGUGAUGGGCCCUGGAGUAGAUGGUGUUAAGGCUGGUAGUUAUGGUAAGAAGGGCAAGUAUGGAGGCAAUGGGGCUGAAGUAAUGGGUGCCAGUGGGUUGGAGAUGCCAGCAUUUACAGCUGUAGUAACAACUCCCUUUCCCCCUGUGGGCACUCCAGUUGUUUUUGAUAAGCUCUUGUACAAUGGUCGCCAAAACUACAACCCCGAGACAGGUAUCUUCACCUGUGACAUGCCUGGCAUUUAUUACUUUGCCUACCACGUUCAUUGCAAAGGAGCUAAUGUGUGGGUGGCUUUGAUGAGGAACAAUGAGCCAGUAAUGUAUACAUAUGAUGAAUACAAAAAGGGUUUCCUAGAUCAAGCAUCAGGGAGUGCAGUACUACCUUUACAACCUGGGGACACUGUGUAUAUUCAGCUGCCCUCAGAUCAGGCUGCAGGACUUUAUGCUGGACAGUAUGUGCACUCCUCCUUUUCUGGUUAUUUGUUAUAUCCGAUGUAAAGCCACACACUGCAGUAAGAGAGAAGCUUCAGUGAGAACAAGUGGGAGCAUAUUUUUGCAUAAAAAACGUGAUCAUAAACCACCUUAGACGGAGCAGUCUUUUUAUUGUAAAGUCAACAAAAUUAUUGAUCUUGUCAGCAGAGAUGAGAGGAAAAAUCUUAAGUAUGACGGUCUGUAUGUACAGCAGCUUUUGUACUGUAUAGCCUUAUAGCCUUAUAAUUGGGAGAGCAAAGAUGUUUUCUUUUACAGCUUGGAAAAUAUAAAAGAAUGUAUAAAAAAGGCAUUCAAAGAUGACCUCAGAUGGCUGCAGAUGUAUACAGAGAGCUACAGAGUGCCAAAAACCCAUAAGAGUGCAAUUUGUACAAACCUAUGAAGGGAACAUGGGAAGUGUAUGCAAAAGAAGAUAAAACAAACCAUACAAUUCUGGUUACACAAAGCCACAUUUUGUUCCUGCACCUCUUCAAAACUGGCAGCUACCCCAUGUGGUGAAGAAUGUGAAAUACAGUAGAUAUCAUGAUGGCAUAUUCAUUUGGGUAGUAAAUUUAUAUUUUUGCAUGCAUACAUUUGUAUAAAAACAGUUUUGUCUCUCUGGCAACCAUAUAAUAUGACCUCUUGAGAUUGACAACAGCAUUGACAUGUUUGCAUUACAACAGUUUGUACACGUUUUAAAGGUAAACACAUUUCUGGUCGUGUAACCUGCAAAUGACUUUUCUAAUUCCGAUUUUCAUUGGAUAAAUCUCUCAAGGUCCCAAAGGGAUUUAAAAAAGAAUUACAUUUACAAAAUACAAUGUGGGAGCAACCUAAAUGACUUUCACUUCAGGUGUGUAAAGGCCUUACAAAUAUAAGGGACAACUGCUAUUGGUUGUGAACUAUUAAUUGCAAUUAAUAUGCUCACUUAUAGGUGCAGACAUUUUUUGGGGUCAAAAUUAAAUAAUCACAUGCAUGAUAUAUGUUGCUGACGGACAAUUGCUCCCAUGAGUGAGAUUAAAAAAGUAAGAAUGUAAUAUUAAUUUUAUAUUUUAAUGUUUGCUUAUAUGUUUAUGGGAUUUAAGAUUUUCUUUUUUUACAAAAAUGCAAAGGUCAAAAAAACAUUAUUUUGCCCUGAACUAUGAAAACCACUCCACACACUAUAUUAAACAUGACACAAUAUACAAAAAGUCCACACUACAGCAUCUCUGUGUCACUAACAGAAAGCGGAGACUCUGCCUGUGAACAUGUGCGGUUGUACAGUUGAAACUACAAUAUAAUACUCAACAGGAAUUAAGCAUUGUUCCAGUCAAACAAAUCUCUCUGGGGAUUUGAUCUAAUGACUCUGCAUUCAGCAUCAUUUCAAAGCAAAAUCAUGCUAGAAAUAAAUUGAAAUAAAAUGUAUUCUUACUUACUCUUUUUAAUUUAAAAUUCAACCGACUAUAUUCUGUAACUGUUUUGUAAGCCUUAUCCAUUUUAGUUGUAAUGGCAGUAUUAUUAUUCAUUAGAGGAUGUCAUAUUUGAAAAACAAAUUAUGAGUUAUUUUGAAAUGAAACACUUUAACAGUGGGACCUGGUUGUUAUCCAGUCCCUCUGGUAUGAUUUGUUUAAAGUGAGAAAACCAAAUUGAGUUCCACAGCAUCCUUGGUGAGCUACAUUAAGUAUGUCUUGCUGCCAGGUUUACAGGGAAUACAAAAUAAAAAUGUAUUACAAUUGACUCAAAGCAAGUAUUGAAUGGUGCAGCAAUUCAUAACAACAGUUAUGUCAAUAAUUUAUUGUUUUAUCUGCACCUACAUGCAAUGACAAGGACAUAAAGCAUGAUAACUUUUAAAGGAAAAUAAAUGUAUAGUUCUCCUUUUAACCAUGAUGCUAAUAUUGUCGUUGUAACCAAAGAUUUUAUGUUUUAAUGUUUCACGUUUGUUAUUAU